UCAACCAUGAACACGCUGGUGCUUGCUACCUUUGUCGCCCUAUCUAUAGUGGCAGUCUCAUGCCAUGGCUAUGGCCAUGGCCAUGGAGGCCAUGAUGGCGGUCAUGGAGGACAUGGUGGGCACGGUGGACAUGGUGGACAUGGUGGAGGACACGGUGGACACGGUGGUGGUCAUGGUGGACAUGGUCAUGGUGGACACGGUCAUGGCGGACACGGUCAUGGCGGACACGGUCAUGGCGGACACGGUCAUGGUGGACACGGUCAUGGUGGACACGGUGGGCAUGGGCAUGGUGGCCACGGAGGUGGACAUGGCGGUCAUGGGGGUCAUGGCGGACACGGGCACGGUGGACACGGUCACGGUGGCCACGGGGGUGGACACGGUGGGCACGGUGGACACGGAGGACACGGUGGAAACGGCGGAGACGGACACGGCGAAACCAUCGUCGGAGAACACGUUGGCCCCUUCCACGUAGUUGGACCUGCCUACGGCCCAUCUCAAGUCACCGGACCCCACUUCGCCGAAGCUGGGGUAUCCGGACCCAGCGUUGGACCCGCUGCCGUUGCAGGACCUAGCGUAGCCGCCGUCGGAGUUUCUGGACCAGUCAAUGAAGGAGCCGUCCUUGCAGGACCGGCCUUCGGUGGUGUCACCUUCGUAGGUGGAGGAGAUGGUGGCGAGGGAGGCGAUGGCGGCGAUGGUGCCGGCGGUUGUGCUGGUGGCGGUGCCGGUGGUCACUGCGGCGGCUGGGGAGGCCAUGGGGGACAUGGUGGUCAUGGAGGUCAUGGAGGACAUGGGCAUGGACAUCACUAA